AUGGCAAAAGCCAUACCCGAUUUCGAACCAUUUAUAGUUUAUGGGAACGACACUUCGAGUUCUUCUAUUGCCACUCGCUGGAAAAAAUGGUUGCAACGGUUUAACAAUCUUAUGGUCGCUAUGGAUAUAUCGGCAAAGAAACGGAAACGUGCUUUACUUAUACACUUGGCUGGAUCACAAGUUUACGAUAUCUUUGACACAUUUACCGCCGAACAGAAAGGUUCUGAGGAUGAUUUUGACACCGCUGUGAAAUCACUUACAACUUAUUUCGAGCCUAAAAAGAAUACGGAGUAUGAAAUCUACAAAUUUCGCCAAGCUAGCCAACGCCAUGACGAAAAGCUCGAUUCUUACCACACUCGCCUUCGACACCUCGCUUCCACGUGUGAAUUUGCAGACAUGGAUCGCGAAAUUAAAACACAAAUUGUCCAAACGUGCACGUCCCAACAGCUUCGACGAAAAGCCCUUCGUACUGAAAUGACUCUCCAACAACUUUUAGAUCAAGGCCGAGCCUACGAACUAUCACACCAACAAGCUCAGGAAAUGGAAAAUAACAACACAGAAUCAGUCAACCAGAUGAAAACUGCUGCAACACGAAAUUACUUUUCGAAGAACUUCAACUCACAACGUCAAGGACCAAGACAAGAAUCAACGAAACUAUGUUAUUUUUGCAGCAAACCCUAUCCUCAUCCUGGCGUAUGUCCAGCAAAAGGGAAAACGUGUCGACUUUGCGUGAAAUUGAAUCACUUUGCCGUCGCAUGCCGUUCAUCUCCACAAAAACAACAACAUCGCCACCAUGAAAGUGACAAACGUCAGACGGUUAAAUAUGUAAACGAAGAAAUCGCAAGUGACAAUACCAGUGAACACUCCGAGUCGGAUGAAUAUACGUUUAUGGUGCAAGAUACAGACGAAAAUACCAAACAUCCAAUGGUUAACUUACGGAUUCAAAACCUAGCCAAAGUUAAAUUCAUUAUUGACACUGGAGCGACAGUUAAUUUACUCGAAGAAAAGGAUUUUGAAGCCCUCAAACCGGAAAUAACAUUGCAACACAGUUCUAUCAACAUCUACCCCUACAAGUCCGAUAAACCCCUCCGUGUCCUUGGAAAGUUUACUGCUACUGUAGAAUCGCGGAAACGAAUUGAUGCUGCCGAGUUUUUUGUCGUUAGCAACAACGGUCGCCUUGGAGGUUCUUUGUUAUCCUACAAUACUGCAAAGCAUCUUGGUUUGAUUGCAAUUACUAACGCUGUGGACACUGCUAAGAACACAACUGUAUCCUGCAAUGUUGCAAUACCUGAGGAAUUAUUCAAUGGCGUCGGAAAAUUAAAAGAUCAUAAG